AUGACGAUCCUUCUAACGCAGAACCUGGGCAAGAUCCGCGGGCGCGAUAGUAACAAAGUGACCCAAUUCCUAGGCAUCAAGUAUGCCACGCUUAGUGAUAGACUUGCAGACGCCCAACUCAUUGAAACUCGCGACGGGGAGGUGCUCGACGCGACCAAAGAUGGCCCGACGACACUGUCCCCGUCGUUCGGAUGCGACCUAGAGCUCAGCAUCGUUCAGCAUACCCUGCCCAAGAAGCCUCUUCCCCAAUCCGACGUCGACUGCCUGAACUUGAACAUUGCGACUCCAAGCGACACCACGACCGAUGCUCGUCUGCCGGUCUUCGUUUUCAUCCACGGCGGCGGGCUGUUCAUUGGGGCCAAUUCCUGGCCGCAGUUUGAUCUCGAGCGACUGGUUGCGCUGUCUGUGUCGAACGGGCUGCCUAUUGUCGCAGUGUCCAUCAACUAUCGACUGGGCAUGUUCGGGUUCAUGACCUCAGAAGAGCUGAGGAACGCCGGCUACAAAGCGAACAAUGGCCUGCGAGACCAGCGGGUCGCUCUGGAGUGGGUGCGCCGGCACAUCGGUGACUUUGGCGGGGAUCCGGACAAUAUCACUCUUGCUGGGAUGAGCGCCGGCGCUGCAUCGGUCGCCUGUCAUCUUGAGUCGGAAACGCCUCUUUUCAAACGAGCUAUCUUGAUGAGCGGGAAUCGUUUCUUCUCGCCUAGCCUACCCUACGAGAGUCAUGAGCAAAGCUAUAAACAAGCAAUGGCAGCAUUGGGCUUGGCGGGUGCCUCACCAGAGGAACGCAUUGAGGCCUUGCUGAAGUCUCCUGGCGAGGACUUGGUCGCGAAGGUCCCUCCGUCCAUAACUCCGACAUUUGCAGUGGAUGGAGAUCUGGUUCCGUCCGCAAUAACUUACUCACAGCUGGCGGAUAAAACCAACCACAUCCCCAAAGGCAAGGACUGGUGCCAGGACUUGAUGGUUGGCGAUGCCCAGAUUGAUAUCUCGGUCAGGUACGGCAUAACUCAGGACUUAGAUGACGAGGAUGCGUUUCUUGCGAUCCUCGAGUUCUUGAAUGACGUUUGGAUGUUCGCCCCUUCAUUGGCAUCUGCAAAAGGCUGGAAGGGACGCGCAUUUGUCUACUACUUUAACGAAGGCAACCCAUGGGAUGGCGCUUGGAAAGGCCGAGCUGGGCACAUUCUAGACCUUGCUUACCUCUUCCAGAACUUCCGUGAGUUUAUGUCGCCUGCACAGCAAAAAGUGAGCUCUGCAAUUGCAGAAGACUUUUUCAAGUUCUGCCAUGGCAUCCAGCCGUGGCCCCCAGUUGUUGGUGGAGACCUUGAGGGCGGGUUUACUGCUCGAGUCUAUGGCCCCAGCUCUCAAGAGCCUGCGACCCAGCAAGUCCAGCGACCUUUCGGUGGGAAAAGCCAACGUCGAUUCACAAUCUUCGACCUCGGUGACAAGGUCUCUCUUGAUGAUCUUUCGAGAAUCGCUACCAUGUUCACUGCAGGACAGUAUUUGAACGACCGCCGCUGUAAACAGCCCCUUAACACAUAA